CCUGCGGGGACCCCACGGCGCCCCUGAGGACUCGCGUCCGAGGCCGGGGCGACACUUGGCCUUGGACUGGACGCCAUGGACGCCUUCACCCGUUUCCUCAACCAGACCCAGGGCCGGGACCGGCUCUUCAGUGAGGUACUGUAGCAUGAGUUUUGUGAACUGGAAAACAAAAUGCAAGCAUGGAGAGCCUCAGAACUAACAGCUGGAGAGCCACUCAGUACACAUGCAUGUUGCUUAGCUAUUUGUUAGAGCCUCAAGCUGGCAAAGAGAAGGUGGUAAUGAAGCUCAAGAAAUUGGAGUCCAGUGUGAGCACUGGCCGUAAAUGGUUCAGACUAGGCAACGUGGUCCACGCUGUGCAGGCCACUGAGCAGAGCAUGCACGCCACGGACCUGGUGCCCCGCUUAUGCCUGACACUCGCCAACCUGAACCGUGUGCUGUAUUUCAUCUGUGACACCGUCCUCUGGGUGAGGAGCGUAGGGCUCACGUCCAGCAUUAACAAAGAGAAAUGGCGUGUGUGGGCCGCACGCCACUACUACUAUUCUCUCCUGCUGAGCCUGGUCAGGGAUCUGUAUGAAAUCGCCCUGCAGAUGGAGCAGGUUGCACAUAAUAGAGCAAAGCGGGAGAAGACACCAUCCCAGGACCCAGGGUGCAGCGUGGCCGAUGAGGAAACAGAAUGGCUCCAGUCCUUUCUCCUCCUCUUAUUCCGAUCUCUGAGGAAGCACCCUCCUUUGUUCCUGGACACGGUGAAGAACUUGUGUGACAUCCUGAACCCUUUGCACCAGUUGGGGAUCUAUAAGUCCAAUCCUGGUGUCAUUGGACUUGGAGGUCUUUUGUCCUCUGUCGCAGGCAUUAUCACUGUGGCAUAUCCUCACAUGAAGCUGAAGACCCACUGAGGUAGUUUCAGGCCGAAGACUUGUUACCUCUUAAGUGAAACGGACGUUUGCAUUGGGUACAGACCAUGUCACAACGUGCUUAAAGACUUGUUCACGACAGCGUUUAGUGGCCUGUGACGUGAGCAGAAGUCGGUCCAAGAAUGGAGAAGGGGAGCACAUGAAGAUUUAUAUAUGUUUCUUAGAGUGCUGAAGGGACUUCUGAAUGCCUGAGUAUUUUCCCUUCAUCUAACAUUUACUGAGCAUCUCUUACGUGCAUAGUAGGAGCUUCAUGUUUGCUGAAUGAAUAAAAAUGGAAAGAAAACCAUUGAAAAAGGCCCAAACUAACAAUUGAACAGUACUGUACAGUAACCUUUGGGCGGUGUGCCUCGCUGCUUUUGCAGACUGCGGCAGGUCUGAGGCACAGCCCUCUCCCAGAUCUAGUAGAGGCCCCUUCUUCCUCUGAGCAGUUACCCGCCCCCUUCUUCCACAGAUGCCAGCGCCAGGGUGGAGGGGAGCUGGGCUUAUAGCCGCGGAGAUUGCUCAUGCUUACAUCACCGCGCUCCGCUCCUUGUCCAGAGUGGAAUCAGAAACACAUCAGGCACCUACAUGGUAUAAACUGUGUCUUUAGGUAGUCCAGCGAGUAAGCAAAACUCGGAAGCAGAUAGAAAGAACUUGAGGUAAAAAUAAUAAUGUGGAAGGUCACAACGGCUAUCUGUGACAGAUGAGGAAACUGAGGUUUAAAGAUUCUCAAUCCAGCAUCUUUUCCAUGAUAUUUCACUGCCUUCUGGAUGGAGCGGAAAGGUGAGGCUCUCCAGAGUCCUGUACGAAAAACCUCUGUGAGAACAUCUGUUGGUUAGUGGUUUUAUAAUUUAUUCUACAAAAAUUAAAACUAUGUUUAGAUUUAACUAGAUUGUUGUCUUUAAAGCCACGUGACAGUGUGGGCCCUUCUAAAUUAAUUUUCAUCAAAAUUUAUGCAAUUAAAUUUCACAAAUACUCUGCUUAUAGAAGGGUUGCCAUUUUCUGUGAUAAGUUAGACUUCAUAUGUGUGGGGCGGUUGGAGAAGUGGAAAGAACAGUAGGGACUAGUGAAGAGGACAUUUGAAUAUGGAGUCAAGGCCAUUCACUCAUUCCUUCUUCCUGUCUUGGGUGUUGGGUUCUUAUUUGGGAUUACUGAUCUUUAAUUUGACAAUGUGAGGUAGAGAAAUAGGAGCUGAUGGCAGCCCUACCUGUAAAGCCAUCUCGUUUAUCUGAGUGGAAAUGAAAAAAAGAGACGUGCACCAAAUAAAUUUCCCAUAAAUGUGAUUGAGUUUCUUAAAAA